UAACCUUCGCUUGUGUCUUUCAACGGCCAUGGCUUCGGUUAGGAGCUUAGACAAAGGGACCGUUGAUCAUCGUCAUCUUCUUCAACCCUGUGCAAAACCCACCACAAACCAAGCACAGUGUCCAAAGCAAGCUGUUUUUCCAAUACCCAUUUCGAGAAGGUCCGCAAUUCUGAUUUCUUCUCUGCCUUUCAUCCUCAUUUCUCACUCUCCACCAUCAGAGGCCAGAGAGCGACGCAACAAGAAGGCCAUCCCUCUUGAAGACUACCUCACUAGCCGUGAUGGCUUAAAAUACUAUGACGUGGUUGAGGGAAAGGGUCCAGUAGCUGAAAAAGGAUCAACAGUUCAGGUGCACUUUGACUGUAGGUACCGUGGGAUUACAGCUGUGUCAAGUCGAGAAUCUAAACUCUUGGCUGGAAAUCGUAGUAUUGCCCAGCCAUACGAGUUCAAAGUUGGAGCUCCUCCAGGCAAAGAAAGGAAGCGUGAAUUUGUAGACAGCCCAAAUGGUUUGUUUUCUGCACAGGCAGCACCAAAACCCCCGGCGGCUAUGUACUCAGUAACCGAAGGGAUGAAAGUAGGGGGAAAGCGAACUGUGCUUGUUCCUCCAGAGGCUGGAUAUGGCCAAAAGGGAAUGAACGAGAUCCCACCUGGAGCUACAUUUGAACUAAAUAUUGAGCUUUUGCAAGCAGUACUGCCUGAAUGAAAGUAAGCUUGUUCUGCGCUAUGAGAAGUUCAUGGUGAUUGAAUCUCUCAUCAUCACCAUCACCAUCACCAUCACCUUUUCUUUUUAUUGGUUUUGAUUGGAACGACGACUGCCUUUUUGUUCCAAAUGGCAAUAGUUUCAGCUAAUGAUUCUUUUGUAUGAAGAACAGAAGAAGCACGGUUUCAUCAAGGGUCCACUCCACUCCAGCUUGUUUAGGCAUCUACAUUGUCUGUAUACUAUUGGGAUAGCCAUUUUAGCUGUACUGUUCGCAUACGGUUUUGAUUGAGGUUGCAUAAAUGAUAACAUUAAUUAAAUAUUGCGACUCUCACUUCAAGGUUAUGAAGUUCUUUCUCAUAUGUUAUAUAAUGCCUAGACAUUUUCUGGUGU